AUGCCCAAACAUCCGUCAGAAGAACAACUUGCUUUCCACUAUGCAGUCUAUGCUAAAGUGUGCGAAAUUCCGUAUGGGCACGUGACAUCAUAUGGAUGCAUUGCAAAGCUAAUAGACUGUCCGGAAAGGCCACGACAAGUGGGAAUGUCAUUAAAAUAUAGAGACAAAUAUCUUCCGUAUCUAACAAAUGAUGAACAGAUGCCACUUUUCAAAGAAGAAAUACCCUGGUGGAGAGUCAUCAAUUCACAGGGUAUUAUUUCAAAACGAGAAACGGUCCAGGCCGAAAAGAGGCAAGUGGAACGACUCCGGUCCGAAAAUGUAGACGUUGAAGAACGUGAUUGGACGGCGGCUUCCACUCCACCAUCGUCGUGGACGAAAUAUCAUGUAGAUUUUGCAAAGUACGGCUGGUUUCCCGAAGAACACUAA